AUGACGUUUCAAAAGGAAGGCAAAAAUCCUCUUGAACAUACAAGCCUGUAUCAGCGUGCUGAUAGUGAAGAAAGUGACAUCGAAGGAGGAUAUGGAAAUGUUAACAGACUUAUUAUUAGGCCUUCUGAUCACAGCGGAAAAGCAAAAAGAGGACAUCUAUGUUUUGAUGCAUCAUUUGAAACAGGCAAUCUGGGACGGGUUGAUCUCAUAUCAGAGUUUGAAUACGAUUUAUUUGUAAGACCUGAUACGUGUGGUCCAAGAUUACGUUACUGGUUUAAUUUCACAGUCAAUAAUGUUUGCGUGGAGCAGCGAGUAGUCUUCAACAUUGUUAAUAUCUCAAAAAAAAGUAAUCUUUUUCGACGUGGUAUGACACCUCUGGUAAAAAGCUCCACUCGACCUAAGUGGCAACGGCUACCUUCAACGCAAGUUUUUUAUUACAAAUCUAAUAUUCACCAGGAUCAUUAUAUUAUGAGCUUUACAUUUUCAUUUGAUCGUGAAGAUGAUUUAUAUCACUUUGCGCUGAGUUAUCCAUACUCCUACACAAGGCACUUAGUUUAUUUGGAUAAUCUGAAAGCAAGGUACCCGUUUUUAGAAAGAGAAAUUGUAACAAGUUCAGUUAAAAAAAAAAAAAUUGAGCUUGUUACAAUAACUGAUAAAAAAAAAAAUGACGUGUUUUGUAAAAGACAAGAGCAGCAAGUUUCGAAGAUGGUGGUGAUUAUUGGUCGGAUGCAUCCUGGUGAGUCACCAUCAUCAUUCGUGUGUCAAGGCGCUCUUGAUUUUCUUAUCAGUAAUCAUCCUAUCGCUAGAAUACUACGAAAUAACGUUGUCUUUAGAAUUAUUCCUAUGCUUAAUCCUGAUGGAGUGUACAUAGGGAAUUAUCGAUCGACUUUAAUCGGAUCUGACUUAAAUCGUUCAUGGAACCGAAUGUCUAUGUGGACUCAACCAGUGCUGAUGGCAACAAAAACUUUGUUGCAAUCUUGGGAUACUGAUACAAAGACUAUUAUAGAUUGCGUAUUUGAUUUGCAUGCUCACUCAAAUGCUACUGGACUCUUCGUUUAUGGGAAUGCAUAUGACGAUGUAUACAGGUACGAACGGCAUAUAGUUAUACCGAAACUAAUAUCUCAAUUAGCUGAUGACUACGAGCCUUUUAGAACCAUGUAUAAUCAAGAUUCAUACAAAGAAAGUACAGCUAGAAGAUAUAUACGAUCAAUUGUAAGCGAACAUGUUAAUUGUUACACAUUACAUGUCUCAAUGUAUGGAUAUACGAGAAAAGGAACAUCAAGUAUACUUCCUUACACCGAAGAAAGUUGUAUCCUUUUCUUACACUAA